GGCUGUAGAGUAUGUGUGUGCGUAUCACAUAUCGGUACCGCAAAUAAAUGUAAACGCAUGUACGCAAAAUAGUUUUAAGAGAGAUUUUAAUUAGCUGGAAAUGGAAGGAAACGACAGUAAAAAAGAAAACGGGGGUCCUGAAGAUAAGAAAUCUUAUGCUGGAAUUCCCGAGGCUGACUUUGUGGAUGAUGUUGAUGCUUUUAUGGCAAAGCCCGAAAAUAAUGGAUCUGUUGAUAAAGUACUUAAGAAAUUAGACGAGAGUCAUAGUAAAUAUAAAUUUAUGGAAUUGAAUUUAGUUAAUAAGCGUAAAAAAUUAAAGGAAAAAAUACCGGAUUUGGAACAGACAUUAUUAAUGAUUGAGAAACUUCAGACGGAGAAAAAUAAUAAUCAAGAUAUGGAAACUCAAUUUGUACUUUCCGAUCAAGUUUACGCUAAAGCCCUUGUUUCACCAACUGAUAAAGUAUGUUUAUGGUUAGGAGCUAAUGUAAUGCUUGAAUACACAUUAAAAGAUGCUAGAGAAUUGUUGACUAAAAAUAUCGAAGCAGCAAAGCAAAACUUAAACUUUAUCGAGCACGAUUUAGACUUCUUACGAGAUCAGUUUACGACCACAGAAGUUAAUAUGGCAAGAGUAUAUAACUGGGAUGUUAAAAGAAGAAAAACUGAAUAAUCAAUGCAAAAGUUGUGCUGUAGUAUUCGACUAUCGCCAAUGAAUGCUACUAAAAGUUAAAUUAAUCAAUUUGUAAUUGACUAAAU